AUGUCAAUCAAUUAAGAACUCAGUUUUGACUCAAAAUCAACUAAUAGAUUCAACCAUAAUUAGUUAGAAUCUCGUUACAACGAUUUAAUUGAAUAAUGGCAAGAUAAAAUAUCAUACUUACAAUAAAAUAUUCAAGAAAUGCAAUAACAAAAGGAAGAUGUCAAAAAUGCAUUGAUAGAAGCUUAAUCUAGAAUGAAGAACAAACGUGGUUAAGUAGAUGAUUCAUUGAAUGAAACUAAGUCAAUGGAUACUAUCAUUCCAAUCAAUUUGGCAAAAUUAAAUAAUUCUAUGAGUUAAAUAUUGGACGAUAGUAUCACGACUCAAGAAUCUCAAUCAUCGAUAUAAAGUGUUAAAUUCCAACCAAUUGCUUCAUUUUUAUUGGAGAUUGGUUUAAAGGAGCGUUAUUUUCAAAAUUUCAUUGAUUUAAAGAUUUACGACAAUGUAAGUCUCUAAAACUCAUUGCCAUCUACAAAUUAUAUGGCAUUGAUAGAUUGGGAUAUUAAAGAAGAAUAUUAGCUAAACUAGAUGAAUGUAUACAUUUCUAAUUAACUUAUAGAAAUGGGAUUAAUUACUAAGAAAGGACUACUUGAGAAUCUCAAACUUUAUUAAAACUCAAUACCAUCAAUAAAGGAUUGGUUAAAAUCAAUUAAUUAUUAAUAAUACUAUCCAAACUUCUGUCUUGCAGGUUAUGAUAGUUUUGAAUACUUAGUUUAUUAAGAGCAAAGCUAAUAUAAAUUGACUCUAUCAGAUUUUAAAGAAUCUUUCUGUAUUGAUAAUGAAUCUGAUUCAAAAUUAAUCUUAGCACAUAUUACUAUUAUGUGUGAUAAAAUUAAAAAUCUAAAUUUAUGGAAUGUUUAAACAUCAUCAAAGAAGGCAAAAGAAUCCAAUUUUGGUUUAGUUUAAUGUGCAUUACCAUUACCAAAUAACAAAUGCGUAAUAUUUUGA